AUGGGGGACCUCCCGGCACCACGAGUUACUCCAGGCCGGCCGUUUCUGCAUACCGGCGUAGACUACGCCGGACCGAUUUGGAUGCGAACAGCAGGGGGCCGCGGACUCAAGGCGACAAAAGGUUUUAUUGUUGUCUUUAUUUGUUUAGCUUCCCGAGCAGUCCACCUCGACGCGGCCUCGGACUACACCGCUGACGCCUUCCUUGCCGCCUUGCGUCGGUUCGUCGCCAGGCGAGGAGUCUGCCACUCGCUAUAUAGCGACUGCGGCACCAACUUCGUGGGUGCCGAUAAGCAGCUUAGGCAACUAUUUUCCGCCGCCAGUGCCGACGGACAUCGCAUCGCAACCUUCGCCGCCCAGGAAAGAAUCCGGUGGCGGUUCAACCCGCCAGCUGCACCUAACUUCGGCGGUUUAUGGGAAGCUGCCGUGAAAGCGAUGAAGCACCACCUUCGGCGAGUCAUCGGUGACGCCACCCUCACCUACGAGGAGAUGACUACUCUCCUAGCCCAAAUUGAGGCCUGCCUCAAUUCCAGACCGCUGCAGCCGUUGUCUGACGAUCCGGAGGAUGUAGCCGCACUCACACCUGGUCACUUCCUGGUCGGCUCCGCUCUCUCGGCGAUCCCCGAACCGUCGCUCGAAACGAGAGCCGUCGGCACGUCUCUCACGGUGGCAGCUCCUGCAAAACAUGAAGGACCAUUUCUGGUCUCGGUGGGUCAGCGAAUACUUACACACGCUGGCCCAUCGGCCGAAAUGGUCCCGAAUUAA